AUGGCUGGCCUGGCCAUGAACCACUGCAUGUUCGACGACAUCGGCGCCAUGAAGUUCAUCAACUCGUGGGCCGAGACGGGGCGUGGUGUCGCUGAGCUCACCGUGUCGCCGUUCCUGGACCGCAACGUCCUGAAGGCGCGCGACUCGCCGGUGCACACCUUCCCGCACCACGAGUUCGCCGAGAUCCCCGACAUCUCCGACACGGCGGCGCUCUACGGCGCGCAGGAGCUACAGUACCGCUCCUUCUGCUUCGACCCGGACCAGCUGGAGCGCGUCUGCGGGCUGGCGCUUGCCGACGGCGCCCUCGGCCGUUGCACCACCUUCAAGGCGCUGUCGGGGCUCGUGUGGCGCGCGUGCACCAAGGCGCUCGGGCUGGCGCUCGGGCAGCGCACGAAGCUGCUGUUCGCCAUGGACGGACGACGCUGGUUUGUGCCGCCUCUCCCGCGGGGCUACUUCGGCAACGACAUCGUGCUGACCAACGCCCUGGCCACGGCCAGCGAGCUGCUGUCCGUGCCCGUGUCGCGCGCAGUCGGGCUGGUGCAGGAGGCCGUGCGGAUGGUGACUGAAGACUACAUGCGGUCGGCAGUGGACUACUUCGAGGCGACACGAGCCCGGUCAUCGCUGGCGUGCACGCUGCUCAUCACCACAUGGUCGCGCCUCGAGUUCCACGGUGCCGACUUCGGGUGGGGCGAGCCCGUCAUGUCGGGCCUAGUCACGCUGCCGGAGAAGGAGGUCAUCCUCUUCCAUGUUUCGCGCGAGAGCAGGGGAGAGCGCGGAUCGAGGCCGCAAUCCCGUCUGCGAGCAGUGAUUCCGCACGAUUUGGGUGCCGGAUUGCCUUCCAUGUAG